CUCUGGCCCAGCUUCGCAAAAGUGAACAUUGCUGGCCGGCACCUUCUUCGUUUUGCUUGGAUCUCUGACAGGGCUAGAUGGAGCUCCUUCCAACGGCGCCUUGUGUGCUGGCUUUCCUCCUCAUCUUGGCCUUAUGUACGCAGGGCGAUGCCACCCAGGGAAUUGGCCACCUCAGGAUUCCCAGGGUUCGCAGGGACGCCAGCCUUGGUUCGCAAUUGACAGGCAGUCAGAGUAAUGCACCCUACUCAUAUCGCACUGAAUACUACAGUCAGACGUUGGAUCACUUCGCCUUCACACCUGAAGCCACCUCCACAUUUCAGCAGCGGUACCUGAUCAACGAUGAACACUGGCUGAAGGAAGGGCAUGGCCCAAUCUUUGUGUACAUGGGAAAUGAGGGGUACAUUGACUGGUUUGCAAACAAUACUGGAUUCUUGUGGGAUAUUGCUCCCGAAUUUGGUGCCCUGUUGGUAUUCCCUGAGCAUCGAUACUACGGGGAGUCAAUGCCCUUUGGGAGUCAGGAAGCUGCGUACAGGAACGCUUCCACGCUGGGGUACUUGAGCUCAGAGCAAGCCUUGGCUGACUACGCAACGCUCAUUGUGGAUCUGAAGAGGAACCUCAGCGCAGGGAACUCGUCUGUGGUUGUCUUUGGCGGAUCAUAUGGUGGCAUGCUGGCCGCAUGGUUCCGCAUCAAGUACCCCCACAUCGCCUGUGGUGCCGUUGCCUCGUCUGCCCCCAUCCUCGAGUUCGAUGACGUCGUCCCUCUCGACUCCUUCUACCACAUUGUGUCUGAAGACUUUAAGCGGGAGAGCGUUUCGUGCUUCGAGACGAUCAAGGCCUCUUGGGACGUCAUUGAUCAGGUCGCAGCGUCGCCGGCAAACGGUCUUCUCAAACUUGGAGAGGUCUUCCGACUCUGCCGGACGCCUGAGUCUGCGGAGGAAGUGAAGGACUGGCUGAGCGAGGCAUAUGCCAACCUGGCAAUGGUUGACUACCCCUCCCCCGCCGCGUUCUUGGCUCCGCUCCCGGCUUGGCCGAUCAGGGAGGUUUGUCGUCAGAUGGAUGGGGCCCCCGCAGGCUCGAGCCUCCUGGAGCGGAUUUACGCUGGCGCAAACGUGUACUUCAACUACUCGGGAGACGCCACGUGUUUCGAGAUCGGGGCGGACCCGCACGGGGAGAACGGCUGGAACUACCAGGCGUGCACCGAGAUGGUGAUGCCUAUGUCCAGCAACGCGAGCAACAGCAUGUUCGAGGCGUCGGAGUGGGACCUCCCCGCGUUCGUCAAGUCGUGCCAAGACCAGUUCGGCGUGACGCCGCGGCCGAACUGGGUGCUCACAGAAUACGGCGGCAGAGACGUGCAAACCGUGCUUCGCUAUUCGGCGAGCAACAUUGUUUUCUCCAACGGCGACCUGGAUCCUUGGAGCGGCGGAGGCGUGUUGGAAGACAUUUCCAGUACCAUCCAUGCUGUCAAGAUCAAGGACGGCGCGCACCACUUGGAUUUCCGAGCGGCUCUGCCGGACGACCCGCCUUCCCUCAUAGCAGCCCGAAAGACGGAGAAGGCAUACAUCGCAAAGUGGGUUUCGCAGCGGCGAGAGUCUAGCAGGAGCGGGGUCUUCUUUGGGCCAAGACUCGCAAUUUUUCUGGCCGGGUCAGCUGCUAUCUUGUUCGGGGCGAUCGGCAUGCUCUUGGGGGCGUUGGGCGCUCGUGAGUAUGUCAAGAGAGAGCAAAGCUCGAGAGCAGGUUACAGGAGUUUACAAGGUGUUUAGCGCGCGUCUCAUGGUUGCCUGUCCAUUACAAUUGUUUACAAGGUGUUUAGCUUGGGUAUCUUCAUCGUCCUUCCAUCUUGAGCUAGACCAACAGAGAGUUGAAUUGUCAAAGGUGCAUGGUACAACUCCGUGUUGAACAUUGCAGGCAAACUUGAAUCAGGUAAUUACUACGGCUUGUAUAGUGUCAUCUCUAACAUGCUGAGUUGGGGUCAAGUUGCAAUCCGAUUGUGUACCUAAUGAAUCAGAAAGAUACUCUUAUGAGUAGCUGGAGCGGC